AUGAAUACCCAAGCUACGCAGGCUACCCAAGCUACACAACCAACGCAGCAAUCAUCAGAUACUCAAACUCCAGUUGAUCCCAAUCAUCUUUGUAGGUUGAUAUGUACGUUUGGUCCUUAUACACACUUUGAUUUAAAUAUCGCUUCGAAAAGCUUAUGGACUUUUGGAAGAAACGGUGAGUGUGAUAUACCUUUAACUAAUAGUUCCAGAUAUUCCAAUAGACAUUUCAAGUUAUGGUUCAACAAAGAAGGGAAGUCCCUUUGGAUAACAGAUACGUCUACCAAUGGAACUUUCUUGAAUAACAACCGUUUAGUUAAAGGAUCAAAUUAUAUGUUACAUCAAGGUGAUGAAAUAUUCAUAGGUAAAGGAGUUCAAAAAGAUGAAUUGAAGUUUGUGAUUUUGUUUUCUGAUUUAUUUAAUCCCCAAAAUACCCAGCAGGGUGUCAUCAAAGAUGAAGGAAUCUAUAAAGAUUUUGUUAUUCAUCAUGAAACCAUCGGUCAAGGUGCUUUUGCAACGGUUAAAAAGGUAAUUGAACGUUCUACAGGUGAUGCUUAUGCGGUCAAGAUCAUAAAUAGGCGUAAAGCCAUGAAUACUGGGGGAGGUAUGGUGGAAGUACAGAGAGAAUUAUCAAUCUUAAGAAAACUAGAUCAUCCCAAUAUUGUUAAGUUGAAAUCAUUCUAUGAAGAUAUGGAUAAUUAUUAUUUGGUGAUGGAAUUCGUUCCUGGUGGUGAUCUUAUGGAUUUUGUUACUGCCAUAGGACCAUUGGAAGAAUUGGCAGCACAAGUGGUUACUAAACAAAUUUUAUUAGGAAUUGAUUAUGUUCAUAAAUUGGGUAUAAGUCAUAGAGAUUUGAAACCUGAUAAUAUAUUAAUCAUGCAAGAUGACCCUAUUAACGUCAAAAUUACCGAUUUUGGAUUGGCUAAAAUCAGUGAUAAUUCAACUUUCAUGAAAACCUUCUGUGGAACUUUGGCUUAUGUAGCACCAGAAAUUAUAACCGGAAAGUAUGGUAACCAAUCACAAUCAUCACAACCUUCACAACAAUCUCAAGCUAAACAAAUGUUAUAUGACAAUUCUGUAGAUAUGUGGUCAUUAGGAUGUUUAGUGUAUGUGAUUUUAACAGGACAUUUACCUUUUAAUGGUAAUACCCAACCACAAAUGUUUUCAAAAAUUAAAAGCGGAGAAUAUCAUAAAAGUCCAUUGGUUCAAUAUCAAGUUAGUGAUACUGGGAUGGACUUCAUAGCAAAAUGUUUAACUGUAAAACCUGAAAAUAGAUUAACAGCUGAACAAGCAUUAAAACAUAAAUGGAUUGAUUUCGAGGACAGUUUAUCACAAAUUAGUUUAUCACAAUCCCAAUCUCAACAAUCAAGAAAGAUCGAUGGAAGAAUUGAUAAUGGAAUAGCAAUCACUUCGAUGAAUAAGAUUGAUGAAGGAGAAAUAAUGAGAAGACCAUUAAUGAAAAAGGAAGAAUUCAAAGUACCUAAAAGGAUAAAACCUAGUCAACCUUUGAGUCAAGCUGUCAGUCAACCGAUAAGUCAAUUCAGUCCCUUCAGUCAACCACCGACAAAUUUGAAAAGAAGCAUUGAAGAAGAAUUAAUAGAGAACAAAAAAUUAAAACAAGGAACAUUCGUUAUUUUAAAACCAUCAUUCGAUUCAAUAUUAAAAGAAAAAAUUGUUAUACCUCAGGGCAUCAACCCUUUUGCCAUUGGUAGAAAUGAAACCUGUGACGCUUAUAUAGUUGAUGAUAGGAUGUCUAAGAUUCAUUGUUUGAUAACCAAGAAACGUCAUGCCAUUUUCAAAACAAGUAUUUAUGAGAGUCCAGCAAAAUGUCUUGAUGAUAUUUGGUUAUUGGAUUGCAGUACCAAUUCAUGCUUUGUGAAUGGUCAAGUAAUAGGGAAAAACAAGAAAAUUCAGAUAUUCGAUGGUGAUAAGAUAGAUUUUUUUAAUGACAAAAAAACCAAAGAGAAGCUCAGUUUCAUAAUCGAAAUUGUGGAUCGUACAGGCUUGUUCAAUGAAGGGAUCAAAAAUCUCGAACCUACGAUAAUGAAUCAAGAUGCUAAUGACCUGAAACUCAAACCAGUGCCUGUAGAUUCUAUAUUGGAAUCAGGGAUCGGCUAUGGAGGCUCAUUGAAUAAUGCUUUAAGAUUACAGAGAAAGUCUUUGGAGAACAAUACAACUAAAAGAGCUAAUUUACAAUAG